CUGUGGUAUGCGGUACCGUUUGCAGUGACAGACGACCCAAAACGCCGUCAUCAAAUCUGUGGUAAGAGCAUCACACGACGAGAAUGUGGACACAGACUUCAAGAUCAGGAUUGUUGCUUUGUCAACGAUGCCUGUUGCAGUCUGCACUGUGUCGCAGCAAGGCUACUGCAGCCAAAGCAGCACCUGCAGUUAAAGCUUUCCACUAUCAAGACAUCAUGAAGCCAGAAUCGACCCUUGAUAUUCCAUACAAGAAAUUGACAGGUGAUUUUGUAUCGACUUUUGAAGUCAAAGGGCGCAAGAUUCUUAGUGUUGCGCCGGAGGCACUGAGGGUAAUCACAGCACAGGCAAUGGUUGACAUUGCACACUUGUUGAGGCCCAAACACUUACAGCAAUUGUCGAGUAUCCUUGAUGAUCCUGAAGCUUCUAGUAACGAUAAAUUCGUCGCUCUGGAACUUCUGAAGAAUGCUAACAUAGCGGCUGGUAUGGUGCUCCCGGGGUGUCAGGACACAGGCACGGCUAUCAUCAUGGGCAAGAGAGGGCAGAAUGUAUGGACAGAUGAAAAAGAUGAAGAGCACUUAUCUAGGGGUGUUUAUGACUCCUACACUCAGAGAAAUCUGCGCUACUCACAGGUCGCACCCCUCGAUAUGUUUAAGGAGACGAACACGGGCACCAACCUCCCAGCUCAAGUGGAGAUCUACGCCACGCCCGGUAACGAGUACAACUUCCUCUUCAUUGCUAAAGGAGGCGGGUCGGCCAAUAAGACAUUUCUGUAUCAGCAGACAAAGGCUCUUCUUAACCCUGAGAAACUGACUAGUUUCAUCAAUGAAAAGAUCAAGACAAUCGGGACAUCAGCCUGCCCACCGUAUCAUUUAGCUUUUGUCGUUGGAGGUCUCUCGGCUGAGAUGACACUCAAGACAGUCAAGAUGGCAUCCACAAAAUAUCUUGAUAAUCUUCCAACUACAGGAAACGAGCACGGUCGAGCUUUCCGUGAUCUUGAUAUGGAGCAGAAGAUAUUAGAGUUGUGUCGAAGUACGGGCAUCGGGGCUCAGUUCGGAGGUAAAUACUUCUGUCAUGACGUCAGAGUGAUCAGGUUACCUAGACACGGAGCGUCUUGCCCCGUGGGUCUCGGUGUGUCCUGCUCUGCGGACAGACAGAUUCUUGGUAAAAUCACGGAGGACGGUGUAUUCUUGGAGCAGCUUGAGACUGAUCCAGGGAAGUACCUUCCAGAGGUGGAGGAGGGCCAUCUUGGAGGAGAAGUUGUCAAAGUUGAUCUAAACCGACCCAUGAGUGACGUCCUGAACGCUUUAUCAACCUACCCGAUAAAGACUCGUCUUAGCCUAACGGGUACACUCGUGGUGGCACGAGACAUCGCUCACGCCAAAUUACAAGAGCGGUUGGACAAUGGAGAGGGUCUGCCACAAUAUAUGAAAGAUCACCCAGUCUACUAUGCAGGGCCUGCCAAGACCCCUGAGGGUUACGCCUCUGGAUCGUUUGGCCCCACCACAGCCGGGAGGAUGGACUCCUACGUCGAUGGCUUCCAAGCAGCAGGUGGCUGCAAGGUCAUGCUUGCCAAGGGAAACCGCAGCAAACAGGUAACCAAGGCCUGUAAGACCCACGGGGGUUUCUACCUCGGCUCUAUCGGCGGGCCGGCAGCCAUCUUAGCACAGAACUGCAUCAAGAAGCUUGAGGUCCUGGAGUACGCUGAGCUUGGAAUGGAAGCCAUCUGGCGCAUCGAGGUGGAGGACUUCCCAGCGUUCAUCGUAGUCGAUGAUAAAGGAAAUGACUUCUUCAAGGAAUGGCAGUUAGAAUGAAGCAGACCUGGACCCAAUUUUAUAGAGCUGCUAAGGGGAUGAUUUUGUGCUUAUUCGAUUUCAAAGUGCUGCUAACCGUAAGCACAUGAAAGGGCAUGCAAACCUUCCGCUGAUUCUUACUGUAUCAAAAUAAAUGGCAUAACAAUGUAAAUCCAUGGCGAAUGCGCGAGCCGACCGCCUAAUUUACCUAUGAAAUACACUUAUGAUUAAGCAAAUCUUUUUGCAAAAGUUGCCAUGAGAUUUGCUUACCGAUAAGCAGCGCUAUGAAAUCGACCCCUGCUUGUUCAGUAAUGUAAUCAGACUAUGGUCGUGUUUGAUGAAGUAAUUAUUGGCUCGGUGCCAUCACGCAUUAAUUUGCUUUGGCUGCAAUGUUGAAUAGUCCUUUUCUCGGCUGCGUCACCGUAGCCAUAAAGUCGCUUGAUUAUUUUUAUUUAAUUAAUUUGCUGCAACAGCUACCGCAUGGCACCUUCAUACAUGGACUAGAUUUCAAAGAUCUUUUGGAGAUCUUCGGAAACUAGAGUUUCUAAGUUUACAAUAUUUGUAAACAGCAUCACAGAAGGAGACAUGUUUUGUAUAGUUUAUCAACCAUGCCAAAGCCAUCCAACAAUCUGAAUAUGUUUGGUCCGCAUAGAGAAUACUUAGCUCAGUUGUCGUCUGUGUCUGCUGUGCAUGCCCGCCUUCGAUGUCAGCUGUGACCAAUGAGGGGGGGGGGGGACAGAAUCACCUGCCACAACCCCACCCACCCCCUUCUGUGGUGACUCCACUGUGGUUGAUUAUAUUAUUUGACAUAAUGAAGGACUUUGGGCAAGUCUAUAUAGUGUCUUUACAUAACUUUAACUAGCAUGCUCAUCAGAAACUGCAGCUAUAGAAAACCCUAAGGGGGACAAACUCAUGACUAGUACAAGUCUAUGAAUGGUCUCAAUAAAGUUGGAAAGCUGUAAUAGGUGAUGGCAUCUUUUGGCACAGACCUUUUAUUUUCUUCAUUAGAGUUCAAAUUUAUUGUCCUAAAUAUGUUAUUUCACGAAUUAUAUACAAAACGUUAAUAUUUUAUGAAAUGUAUAUAAGAAUUAAACAAAAAUUACUUUUAAAA